GCGAUCAUGGCGUUGAACGACCUGGACGCACCGCUGGCGGCUGCGCGGCGUCUCGCUUCGGUCCAUCCUGCGAACGCCGCCCAAGCAUCAGUUUUGCAGCGCAUUCAUCAGCGAGUGGACGCUUUCGGCGACCCGCUCGGCAUGGACGGUGAUGAGGCGCUCCUCUCCAUUUUGAAGUCCAAGGACGUCUACAGCGGCAGGCCGACGCCAGUUCGACCUUAUGAGCCGCACCUCCUGAAGAUUCUCGACAGCGGCAUCCGCCCGUUGCCCAUCCGCUCGCUGGUGCCCGACUCUAUGCUCCCGCUCAUCAACGAGCCCGAGAAGUUCAUCUUCCGCUCCCAGUCGGUGCUUGAUGGCAUGGUCGAGUCAGGUGAGCUGCCGCCCGUCUACCCCUUCUGGGACGUCAACCUGCGGCGGGACCCUGCCCUGCGGCUCGACCCGUUUAAGAAGCUCAUGCGCAUCGGCCUCGUCGGAGUGCAUACGCGAUGCCGCGCCCGCGCCAGCAUCUUCUUCAUCGGCAAGAAGGACGGUUCGUCGCUGCGCAUGGUCAUCGACGGCCGCGAGCCCUCGAGCAUGCACCGUCGCCCUCCGCGGACCGAGCUGGGCUCCGCCGCGGCCCUCAGUGGCCUCUGCCUCGACUCGGGCCAGCUGUGCGCCAGCGACGACGGCUGCCACGGGGCCAGCGCGGACCUUCGCCAGGGCUUCUACCAGAUGCAGUGGCUCGAGAUCGGCAGCUGGUUCUGCUUCGACUUCCCGAUGGCCAUUCGCAACUUUGACACCGACUCCGUCUACGACGAGGUGAGCCAGACCUACAUGCAGGUGGAGCCUGACACCAUCGUGUACCCGUGCUUCCAGGGGCUCGCCAUGGGCUGGAGCUGGUCGCUCCACAUCUGCAACGGCAUCACCGAGGACGUCACUCGCAUCGGCAUCAGUCAGGCCCUGCGCAUCUCGCCCGACAGCGUCAGGAUCGUCUCCGAGCGUGCCCCCAGCGCGCGGCUCGCCCCAGGCCAACUGGCUGGCUCCUCGUAUGUCGACAACUCAAACGUCGCGGGCUCGCCUCGCAGUCUGGUCAACGCGGCGCUCGAGGGCAUCCUGUGCGAGUUUCAGAGACGGGGACUCUCCUAUCACGAGGUCUGCUACGCGACACAGGACUUCGUGUGCUGCGGUGUGCGGUUCGACUUCACA